UAAAUACCAUAAAAACAAAAAAAAAUUAUCACUCUUCUCCAUCCUCCUUGUUCUCCAUCCAUCCAAUCAAACCACCCAAUCAAACAUAGCCUUAAACAAACUAAUUUCGAACCAAAUCUCGGAAAACUACAUUUCUAUUUUCGAAACAUCAAAAGAUAAAGGUCAAAUUAAACUGAAUUGUCAAUGUGAAAUCUCUUGUCUUUCAUGAAACGAAACAGUGUAUAUAUAAAUAUAAAUAGUGUUGCAUACAAGAGAUGACCAAGUUAUAGCAGCGUCUUGUCAACUUUCAACCCACCCAUGUCAUUGUCACGCAACGUGGCCGUCAUCGGAGCCGGACCUUCUGGUCUGAUCGCCGCCCAUGUGCUCCGCCGAGAAGGUCACAAAGUGGUGGUCUUUGAGCGGCAAAACCAAGUGGGUGGCACCUGGGUCUAUACUCCAGUGACCGAGUCAGACCCACUUGGGGUUGACCCAGUUCGGAACCUGGUCCACACCAGCCUCUAUCGCUCCCUUCGCACCAACCUCCCCAGAGAGGCGAUGGGUUUUCGGAUUUACCCGUUUUCGGUCAAAGAGUCCGAAGAAAGAGAUCGAAGAAGGUUUCCGGGUCACAGGGAGGUUUUGGAGUACUUAACAGAGUUUGCCAAUGAGUUUGGGAUUGUUGAGUUGGUGAGGUUUCAGACUGAGGUGGUUUAUGCAGGUAUGGUGGAACUUGAAGGGGGCUGCAAGUUCUGGAAAGUAAGGUCAAAGUCAAAGUUAAAGAAGGGAGAUCGUGAUCAAGAUGAGGAAGAAGAGUUUGUUGAAGUUGAGGAGAUUUAUGACGCUGUCGUUGUCUGCGUUGGCCAUUAUACAGAACCUAGUAUUGCUCAAAUUCAAGGCAUUGAUGCAUGGCCAGGAAGCCAAAUGCACAGCCACAAUUACCGUAUUCCAGAGCCAUUUCGUCAUCAGGUUGUGGUUUUGAUUGGAGCAUCAGUAAGCGCAGCUGAUAUAUCUCUAGAGUUAGCUGCAGUUACCAAAGAAGUCCACAUCGCAUCAAGAUCGAUUGCCGCUGGUACUGCACCCGCAAAGCGACCAGGAUAUGACAACAUAUGGCUACAUUCUAUGAUUGAAAGAGUCCAUCAAGAUGGUAGUGUAGCUUUUGAGGAUGGUACUGUUGUCUUUGCUGAUACCAUUAUUCACUGCACAGGGUAUAAAUAUCAUUAUCCUUUCCUUGAAACCAAUGACAUUGUUACUGUGGAUGACAACCGCGUUGGACCACUUUAUAAGCACAUUUUCCCGCCAUACUUAGCUCCCUCGCUCUCCUUUGUCGGAAUACCAUGGAAGCUUCCUCCUUUUCCCGUUUUUGAGUUCCAGAGCAAGUGGGUAGCAGGUGUUCUUUCGAAUCGAAUCAAGCUUCCAUCAGUAGAAGAGAUGAUGGAAGAUGUUGAAUCCUUUUACUCUAUGCUUGAAAGUUCUGGCUUGCCAAAGCGGUAUACUCAUCGGAUGGGAGAAUCUCUGUUUGAGUACUGUAAUUGGCUUGCUGUUCAGUGUGAGUGUGAAUUCCUUGAAGAAUGGAGGAAAGAAAUGCUAUUUGCAGCUAUUAGCAGCUUCAGUUUACGGCCAGAGACAUACCGCAACGUUUGGGAAGAUGAUCAUUUGAUAUUGCAAGCUUACCAGGACUGGAAUCUGCAAUGAAAAUACAAGUUCCUUCCAUCUGCAUAAAUUGUUUAUUUGAACAAAAAUAAGAUAAGGUUCAAGGAUAAUCCAUCAUUGAAACUAUAAUUGAAUUUGUCUAAUUACCAUUAGUCAUUAAAAACAAAGUUGGUGUAUCAAAGAAGUUUACUCAAGUACAUAAACAGUGAGCUGAAAUGUCUCACUCUCA